UCGGAAAUGCGAUUUUCGCCGCUUACAGAGGCAUCACCAAUAAAGCACACACGAUGAUUGGUGGAAUGCAACGUGUUGACCUCAGCCCCAGCUUUCCUACAAAGAGUACAUUUCAUUCCAGUUGGUUGAGAGUCCAGUCGGUUACAUUGAGAGCUAGCUAGUAGCCAUGGAUCAUCAAGAUGGCAAUACUAUUCGGGAAGAAACUGGGAAUGGACAAGCGGAAGGCGUGCGAGAGGAUGCGGCCACGAACCAACACGCGGCGGCCGCCGUGGAAGCUGCUCCCCCUGGAGCCCAAGUGGAGAUGAUUAAUAAUGCCUCGUCCGAUGCCGCCAAUAAUCGCUCUGUGCGAUCGUCGGCUAGUAAUAAUAAUGUGGGCUUGUCGUCGAAUGCUUCGCAUCAAUCCAUGUUGCGACAGCUGGCACAUUCACCCACUGGCAUGGCAGCAGCACGACCCGUCAUUCCCAAUCGUAACAACAACAUCAUGAUGCCUGGAGGAGGAGGAGUCGCUCAUCAGGAAGCGCUUCGUCAAGCCCAACAACAACCCGUGGCACAACAACAGCCCGUGCAACAACCACCACAACAACAGCAAAUUCAUGUACCGGUAGCAGCUGCAGCAGCUCCCAACAAUAACAAUAUGAACAACAACAACAACAUGAACAACAACAAUGGAGAUGACAUGAUGGUUCCAGAACGCGCUACGGAACAAGAGGCAGUCUAUCAUCCCUGUUCGUCCUCUGGAAGUGCCAGUAGUGGAUGGUCUGUCGUCGAGACUUCCCAAGGUGGAGCUGGAGGAGCGCCUCCUUCGGCUCGUUCUCUCCAUGCGGCAGCCCUGUUGAAUGGAAUCAUGUAUGUCUUUGGAGGCUACGAUGGCAGCGUUCGUGUCAACACAUUUCAUGCCUUUUCAUUUGCGGAGAAACGAUGGUCCCCAGUGCUUCCUUCGGCAAACUCGGCCGGUCCACCGUCUCCCCGUGAUCGUCAUGUUGCCGUCUCAUUUGGGAAUUCCUUUUAUGUGCAUGGAGGAUUUGAUGGAACUAGCCGAGUGGCGGAUUUGUGGGCAUUCGACUUCUCGUCUAUGACUUGGAGGGAGAUUGUGCCAAUGCAUGGAAGGCCACCCUCGCCAAGGCAUUCUCAUGCUGCAGUGGUGUAUGGCAGUUCCAUGUAUGUCUUUGGCGGAUACGAUGGUUCGUACAAGUCGGACCUGAACGAGUAUGACUUUACAGAAUCACGCUGGAGUGUCGUUCCAGCCGCCGGCAGACGACCCCGAGCUCGGUACCGGGCGACCUGUGUCGUAUUUCGAAACACAAUGAUCUCGUAUGGGGGUCAUGACGGAACCAGGCAUUUGUCCGACGCGCAUUUGUUUGACUUUGACACACGCACAUGGUCCACGUUGGUCACGGAAGGAACACCCCCCAUUCCAAGGGAUUCUCAUGUCAGCGUGGUACAUGGAAGCAGCAUGUAUUGCUUUGGUGGGAGCAGUGGUUCGGCCAUGAAUGAUCUGCACGAAUUGCAGCUCCCGUCCAGUCCCUCGGCUCCCGCAAAAUGGCGCCCGGUGAAGAUUUCGGGUGUGGAUCAACCACGACAUCGAUUCUGUCACGUUGCAGUGAGCUACAAUGAAGCCAUGUUUGUCUUUGGCGGUUAUGAUGGAUCAGAACGAUUAAACGAUUUCAUCAGAUUUGACUUUGCCGUCUACGAUUUGAGCUUUGAGGUUCCCAACUCCACCAUCAUUUCAGACUUUAGAGACCUGAUCAACAAUGAGACCCUCUCCGAUGUCACUUUCUUAGUGGAGGAACAACCAGUGUAUGCUCACAAGCUAAUGCUGAUGCGAUCAGCUUACUUCAAGGCGUUGAUUCUCGGCGAAAUGAGGGAAUCACGCCUUUCAACAAUUCGCAUCGAACAAGUAUCGCAUCAUAUCUUUUUAUCAAUUCUGGAAUAUCUAUACACAGACCAGGUUCAAAUCCCAUUUGAUUGUGCCAUGGAGCUCUUUGAAGCAGCAGAUCUCUUUUGCAUCCCACGUUUGAAGACAAUGUGUGAGAAACGAAUGCUCCAGUCAAUUGCCGUGGAAAACGCUGCUGCCAUAUUCCAUGCAGCUGACAUGCAUUCUGCGCAGGCACUGCGUCAAAAGGCAAAGAAGUACAUCCUCUCUCACUUUGAAGAGAUAUCGAAGACGUCCUGCUUUGAAGAAAUGGGAAGAAGCAAUAUUGAGCUCGUAUUCGAGCUACUCCAGAGCCGUUAGGUACGGACGGUAUGCAUUGUGGAGUCUUUAGCUUAGUUAAACAUUGUAUUUACCUACUCUGGCGGUGUUGGCAAUGAAUGGCUGGUUUGCUUUCGAUUGGAUAGAUUCUAUUCUAUGCGGCCCUACGCAUACCGGUAUUGUGCGGCGUGGCUCCCGAUUUGGCUCAUUCGCAAACUCACUCCUAACACUACUCGACGACAUGACAAGAGGAUAGACACACGUUGAUUGAUUUGAUAUAAUGGACCUGAGAUGCUGAGCACCACCCACAGAUAGUGUAGUGUAGUGUAGUAGUCGACGGAGCGG